UGUAUCAUUUGUACAAGUGAGAAGUAUAUGUUUGUAUAUUAAAAAAAUAAGUAUGGAACGUAAUAAAACUAAUGUCCCUAAUAGGGGUCAAAAAAAAGUAUUACUGGGUGCAGAACUCUUUGCUCUUGGUACCAAAAGUGUUCGUGACGAUUCUAAGACGAAAAUAUUACCAAUAAAAGGAAUUCAAGGAUCUAGCUCUGCCUCCACAGAGAGAAAAAGAGAUGCUUCAUCGAGCAUUGUCAGUCAUCCCAAUAAAAGAUAUCGUGCAAGCCUUAAAGAUGGUUUCCCCGACAUGACCACCACAGCCGGGAUUGCACACCACGAAAUAUGGGAACAAUUGCCUGAUGAGUGUGAUAUAGCAAAUGUAAUAGACUGCAUAUACGCUGCGAUCGAGCAAAACGAUAAUGAAGUCGUACGAAUUAUCUGUGGAGUCAUUAGGCACGCAACAUCAACAUCCCUUGCUUCCCGGGCUAAGGUGGAUAGCGUCGCAUAUUUAUCGCUGUUGUACCUUGCAAAACUGCAUCCACAUUUCUUCAACAGUGAUAUUGUUGCAUAUGGACUUUUGUCUUUUUUGCGUCGAGAGACUAAUAUCAAAAUGCGAUACAAUAUAAAUCUUCACAUACUUAUAACAAACCUACUUAGUCGAGGCUUUUCAGAUAUAUCACAAUGGCCAGAAAUAUUCUUGCGGACUUACGUUGAUGAUGCCGUCAAUGAACGAUUUUGGGCAGACAGUGACUACUGUGCGCCGUUUGUUAAAAAUAUUUGUGCCGCUUUUAAAACACGAACUCCUCAUCUAAGCCUUCUUCGUUGGGAUAUGAACACAACAGUAACUUCAGGCCAACCGCAUAGAGACAAUUUUACUGUCGAUGAUGAUUCAGGUGAUAACUCGACUCAGAGCUUAGAUGCAAGUCCUUAUUUGCAUUUGGAAUCAGAUCAGGCAGCUGAUUCAAUUUGUUUAGUAAAGCGCAGAUUUGCAGAUAAUACUGUUCAAAAGCUAGUAGGCGACGCUAUCCGAGAUCAACUAAACAAACGUCAGCAACAGGAUAAUUACACCAGAAAUUUUCUCAAAUUUCUUUGUACCUGCUCAGGAAUCGGUGAAGUUCGCUGCCUUAGUAUCUCUCGGUUGGAACUAUGGAUUCAUAACGGAAAACUUGUUAAGUUCGCCCAGCAAUUAUUAUCAUAUAUAUGCUUUAAUAUCAAGGGAAAAAACAUUCAAGAUAACGAAGUCCUUCAAGUAUUAGUUAAAAUGCGUUUAAAAACUAAACCACUUAUCAAUCAUUAUAUGUCAUGUCUAAAAGAGAUGAUACAUUUGCAGCCAAAUAUAUUAAGUACCAUUAUGAAACUUGUCGUACAAAAUGAGCUGUCCAAUACAAGAAAUCCAAAUAACAUGGGAAUGCUUGCUACAAUGUUUCAAACUGCUCCGGAUCAGUCUGCAGUUAAUCUAGCUGAAAUAUACCAGGAAUUUUUACUUCAACGUGACGAUUGCUUAAGGACAUUACGUGUUUUUUUAAGAGAACUUGUACGAAUGUUGCGUUUUGACGUUAACCUUGUAAAGUUUUGUAAAGCUUUUUUAAGUGAAAGGGAAGAGCUGAGUCAACAAAUCGAACAAUUUGAUUUCAAAGAGCGAAUAUUCAAUUCUAUGGUUGAUAUUGUUUGUCUCUGUAUGUUUCUAUCAGCAACACCACAAGCACGUGAAGGAAGCUUAUCACUUAAAACAAAUCGUGAUGUAAAAAAUAAUCAAGCCCUAAUUAGACUUUACAAUCAAAUGUCACAAAUACAAUUGGACUCAGUUUCAUGGAUGUAUGAAUCAGUUCCAAACCUUUAUAAAAUUCAAGGAAUUGAAUACUACCAGGCUCUACACAAACUGCUUUUGCUUGACAUUCCAGAACAGUACUCCCGCUGCGACCAAUGGCCAUCAGAGCCGGAAAGGGGAGCUAUAUUAAGAAUAAUAUCAGAAACUCCAAUUCAUGAAGAGACUUUAUUAAGAAUUAUAUUAAUAGGCAUAACAAAGGAUAUUCCGUUCUCCAUAGCAAAUACAUUUGAUAUAUUAUUGCUUGUUAUAAAAAGGGUCUCAGGAAUGAAAGCAACCGAUUUUCCUGCAGUUCAAGCAAAUAAGUUUGACAUAAUCGACUUUUUGUUUAGUAUGUCGGAAUAUCAUCACCCAGAAAACAUUCGUUUACCAACGGAUUAUGAACCACCAAAGCUAGCGAUCAUUGCGUUUUACUGGAAGGCAUGGUUAAUUUUAUUAAUGAUUUCUGCUCAUAAUCCUUCAACUUUCGGGGCAUUUUGCUGGGAUCACUACCCAACAAUGAAAAUGCUCAUAGAAAUAUGUAUAACAAAUCAAUUUAGUAGCUGCAUCACUCAUAAGGAUGAACUACAGAUAAUUACUGUUGAAAGAGAUCAUAUUCUUCAAUUUGAAACCUAUUUGGCAGCGCAAACUUCUCCACAUGCUGUAAUUACUGAGGAAAAUGCAAUUUUGAUAACACAGCUAAUGUUAAUGGACCCUAUGGGAACCCCUAGAAAAGUACCUAGUUUAGUUCUGGAACAACUUAAGUUUCUUAAUCAAACAUACAAGUUAGGCCAUUUGUUUUGUCGUUGUCGAAAGCCAGACUUGCUUCUAGAUAUAAUACAAAGGCAAGGUACAACACAAUCUAUGCCUUGGUUAUCUGACUUAGUUCAAAACAGCGACGGUGACUUUAGCCAUCUCCCUGUACAGUGUCUAUGUGAAUUUUUGUUGUUUAAUGCACAUAGCAUUAACGAAGAAAAUAGCCGUGAUGCAGAAUUAGUGAAUUUUAUAAGAAAUCUAAUCAUGGAUUCUAGUUUUAACAAUCAUGUUGUUUGUGAAGUACUAGAUUAUAUAUUCCGACGAUUAUCGUCAACCUUAAAACAAUCUAGAGUUGCCGCUUUAUCUGGCUUAAAAAUAAUUUUCAAGAACUCCGGUAAAUAUGAAAACGAAUGGUUAUUAAAAUCAAUUCAACAAAUUCCACAUUUUUUGGAGACUAAAAUAUACAUAAUCCCACAGCUACGAGCUGCAUGCCAAGUCGAGAAUUGUCCGGAACUUAUAAUGGCCUAUAUACAAUUUAUUACCGCACAUACGCUUAAUGAUCCAGUUAACGAAAUGCUGGACCAUGUAAUUGACAUGGCACAACUAAUCGUUGAACGUAAUACAAUGUUUCAACAUAUUAUAAUUUCUCAAGAAGACUAUGAUCUUCAACCUGAUGAGAACCGCAUUCAGACAUUAAAAUGCUUAUUUGUAAUGUUUAACAAUUACAUCAUCAAAUUAAGAGAAUUUCACGAGCCGUACGAAUGGACAGAGUACCCCGAUUUAUUAAUGGUUCAAUUUGAAGAUGGAGUACAACUACCACUACACAUAAAUAUAAUUCAUGCAUUUAUUAUUCUCCUAACAUAUUCAAACAGCAGCAUGGUGGAGUCUGUUCCAAUUCUUGAUUAUUGGUUUCCUCCAGGUCGACCCGCACCGGUAGCGUUUUUACCCACUAUGCCUCAAGAACAAAUUCAGCUUUUACCGGAUUGGCUGAAACUCAAGAUGAUUCGUUCAUCGGUAGAUCGCCUAAUAGAAGCUGCUUUAAAUGAUCUUACACCGGAUCAGAUAGUGUUAUUUGUGCAAAAUUUUGGAACGCCGGUAAACUCAAUGUCCAAAUUAUUGGCAAUGCUUGAUACUGCAGUAUUGGAGCAGUUCGAUCUUGUUAAAAACGCUAUACUAAAUAAAGCGUAUUUAGCACAGCUAAUUGAAAUACAACAAGCCAGAGGAGCUAAAAAUGGUCACUACACUGUUCAAGCACUAGACUUGCAUUCACAUUCUCAAACCGUUCCUGAUCUUCCAAAAAUAAACUCGCAAAAUCAGGAAAACCUACAAAUUACCCAUUAUGACAUAGAUUAUGUUAAUGACUCAAACUCUAGUAGUUCACAAAAGGAGAUAGUAACAGUUCUUCUGAAAAGUCCAAAUCAGAAUAUGAUUUCUACCAAAGACUAUCGAAUAUUAAUUCAUAAAUUAUUAGACCUUGUUGUUUGUCCAGCAAAAAAUAAUAGUGAAUUCAUAACGUCAAUAUGCGAUGUUGUUAAUCAGUCAUCAUUUGAUUAUACACGAGCUGAAAAACACAAUAACUUUAUAAACGUGAGCCGGGGCGCUUCCAGUUUACUAAGAGCAUGUUUUAGCUGUAAGCUGUCCAGCGAUACCUAUCAUGUUAUGAAAAAAAAACUGAAACAAAAUAGAAUUUCAAACCCAUUAAUUGCAACUUCGAAGUUGUUUUUUAAAACAGAAUUGUUUCUAAAUAGUUUAUUAUUUAUGCUAAAAAGUUCAUUUCAAAUAUACUAUAUAAAAUUAAAAGCGCAAAUUGGUUUAUUAGAAACAAAAAAAGUGGUCAGAGAAAUGAUUCAAGAUUUUGAAAAUCUUUGUAACGAUACAACAUUUUGCGUCAAUCAAAAUAAUUACAAGAUUUUCAAUAAUGGAUUAUUUAUAGACUGGCUUGCUGAAGCAGAUCCCGAAAUUGUAUGUACAAAACUUUUAAAGGAAAGUUUUUUGUUUUCUAAAUCUUGUAGUGAAUUUAGAUUUUUUCUUUUGUCCCUAAUAAAUCACCAAACAAAUUGGAAUACAAUCGAAAGAAUUGCCCUAUGUUUAUUUAAAGAUUAUAAACUUGACUACGACUUUAGUACCGUGCUUAACUAUUUUGAAGCUCUAACCACAAAUCCAAAUCUCUGGAAAGGCAGGGAUAAGUACAUGUCGAAAAAUGUACAACCAAAUUCCUUUUUUAAGUUGGAGCCUUCGGAACUAGAGCCCUUUGUGCACUUUGUUUUGUACGAAGGAAUCGAAGAGGUAAAAACAGAUACGAAUAAUAACUACGAUUUCAAGUUAUGCUCCCGAAUGAAUCUUUUGUUUAAGCUCACAGAAAAAAAUAAAGGUUUAAUGGUUAAAGUUAUCAAGUACGUGGAAAAAAGUUUAAUUCCGGAUUUUUUAAAACAUAAAAUUUUGCAACAGCUUUAUAUAAUGUAUCCACGCAUAAAAUUUGUAAAAUGUUGUAGAGCUGAUGUCCAAACCCAUAAACUACAAAGUUUAAAGGGCUGCCAAGCUGAUAAAAUAUCAAAUAAUUUAAUAACAUGCUUGGGAAGUCUUAUAGCUAAAAAGGAUUUCGAAACAUUAUCAACUGAUACAGAACUCUUAUUGCGAAAAUUGGCUGCAUCACAUCCAUUACUCUUUCUUCGUCAUUUGGGUGUAUUAUCUUCAGUAAUGCAAGGCAGGGGACAAAAUAGCAUGAAAGCUUUACGAGAAGAACACCAUUUUCAUCGAUUUGUACAGAUAUUAAGGACGUUGGAACUAUUGCAGCCAACUAUUUUUGAAGAUGCAUAUAAAAAUGAAAUCCAAACAACUCUAUCAUGUUACUUUACUUUUUUUAAACAUCAUAGCUCAGUUAAAGAGGCAUGUCAGAUGCUUGUAAAAUUUGUGCAGGUAUUACAGUCAUAUAUAAACUGUAAUCCCUCAAGCGCAUUGUUAUUUAUUGAGCAAUAUGUCGGGAUUCUGACAGAACUAGCAUUCAAGUAUCCUUCAAUAGUAAAACUACAAGUACUUGUGCAAGCUGUUGCCUUGCUUCAGCACAAAUCUUAUACGUCUUCAGAACUUGAUGACGAAGAAGGGAAAUUUGAAUAUGAACUGGAUUACGAUACCAAAUCGAACAUAAAAAUGUUUGCAAACGAAAUAGAGUCUUUCGAUGGAAGCACAAAUGUUCAAGAUGUGUGCAGAGUUUCCUUUCCAGCAUUGACCCUUGGUUCGUACUGCAAAGAAAAUUGUACUGAUGUUUCUCCGCAUAUUAUGGACUUAAUUAAAAUAAUUAAGCAGUCUAAUAUUGAAGAUGUGAUACUUGGACCGCUACAGGAAAUGGAAUGUUUGACAUCUAAGCGAUUUGUAUUUAUAAAUGAGUUAUUUGAGCGUUUAUUGGAGCUAAUAUUUUCACCAAGCGCACAGAUUAGGUCCAUUGCCUUUAUAAUAUUAAUAAGACAUUUAAAGCACAACCCUGGGAAUUCAGAUGUUAAUCAGUGUACUUUAAACGCAUAUAUUCAGUGUUUAAGAGAUGAGAAUUCAUCUGUUACAGCAACUGCCAUUGACAAUCUUCUUGAAAUAUGCAUAUUGUUACAAGAACACGCUGUUGAAAUUUUAUGUAUCGCCUUUUCCCUUGGUAUUAAAUCUUGCCUAAAUACAAACAAUCAAAUACGUAAAGUAAUGCAAACAUUAGUAGUACAACAUGGAUAUUAACUUUUUGGUUCUUCAAAAUAUAAACCCGGGGCUAAUACAAUAAAAAUAUGUUUGAAGAAGUUAUAGUAUGUAUGUAGUAUAUUUUAUUUCAUAAGGAUGUGCGAUUUAUGGAAUAGGAAAAGAUAAUAAAAA